GCCCGUUCGUUCCCCAGGGCACACGGCGGUGUGAACCCACGCGAGGGCGCUGCCCCACUCUGGUUCCGGCGGGCCUAGCGCCCGCCCCUACCUACCCCGCCGUGGCUGUGGGGCCGCGCGGCUGUGUGCCAGCCCUGCCUCCACCCCGGCGGGCAGCCAGAAAACUGUCCCCCACGCUUUUUGUGUUUUGAUUCUGGUAACAUAUCCACAAAACAUUAAAUUUACCAUUUUUAAGUGUACAAUUCAGUGACAUCUGUCCCUUUCCCUUUUAGCACCUUAAAUACUAGUUUUGUUCUUAAGGAAGAGGGGCAGAAAGGGAAAUGCAGAUGUGAAAAUCCAGCGCCCUGGAGUGGCCUCAGUCAGGAGGGGACAGCUCAGUGACUUCCCAGGAGGGCGAGAGCGAUGGUGCCCCUCCUGGUGCGCGGGCCUGCGUGGCUCUUCCAGUGGCGGGCGGCCUGCACUCUGGGAGCCUUUGUGCAGCAGAGGACCUGGGCAGGGGCGUCCAGGAUCCCUGGGCUGGGCGGUCCCCUGGUUCAAAGGGGCAGCUCCUCGGCAUCCUCGCGGGCUCCUGAGGUGGUGCUGACCCAGGAGCGCUACCCGGUGCGGCGGCUCCCGUUCGCCCAGGUGUCUGAGGACGACCUGGCUGCCCUCGAGCGCAUCGUCCCCGGCAGGGUCAUCACAGACCCGGAGGAGCUAGAAGCUCCCAAUGUGGACUGGCUGAGGACCGUCCGAGGCUCCAGCAAGGUGCUGCUGAGGCCACGGACGUCCCAGGAGGUGGCUCACAUCCUCAGGUACUGUCACGAGAGGAACCUGGCCGUGAGCCCACAGGGGGGCAACACAGGCAUGGUGGGGGGCAGCGUCCCCGUCUUCGAUGAGAUCAUCCUGUCUACCACCCUGAUGAACCAGGUCAUGAGCUUCCACGACGUGUCCGGGGUGCUGGUGUGCCAGGCGGGCUGCAUCCUGGAGGAGCUGGGCCGGUACGUGGAGGAGCGGGGCUUCCUCAUGCCCCUGGACUUGGGGGCGAAGGGCAGCUGUCACAUCGGGGGCAACGUGGCGACCAACGCGGGUGGCCUGCGGUUCCUUCGAUACGGCUCGCUGCGUGGGACCGUCCUGGGCCUGGAAGUGGUGCUCGCGGAUGGCACGAUCCUGAACUGCCUCACGUCCCUGCGGAAGGACAACACGGGCUAUGACCUGAAGCAGCUCUUUAUUGGGUCGGAGGGCACCCUGGGAGUCAUUACUGCCGUGUCCAUCCUGUGUCCGCCCAAGCCCAGUGCCGUGAACGUGGCCUUCCUUGGCUGUCCUGGCUUCGCAGAGGUGUUGCAAACCUUCAGCACCUGUAGGCAGAAGCUGGGCGAGAUCCUGUCCGCGUUCGAGUUCAUGGAUGCUGAGUGCAUGAAGCUGGUGGAGCUGCACCUCCGGCUUGCCAGCCCCGUGCGAGAAAGUCCGUUCUAUGUCCUCAUCGAGACCUCGGGUUCUGGAGCGGGACAUGAUGCCGAGAAGCUGAGCGCCUUUCUGGAGCAGGUCCUGGGCUCUGGGCUGGUGACUGAUGGGACCCUGGCCACCGAUCAGAGGAGGAUCAAGAUGCUGUGGGCCCUGAGGGAGAGGAUCACAGAGGCCCUGAGCCGGGAUGGCUACGUGUACAAGUACGACCUCUCCUUGCCCGUGGAGCGGCUCUAUGACCUCGUGUUGGAUCUGCGCACCCGCCUCGGCCCGCGGGCGAAGCACGUGGUGGGCUACGGCCACCUGGGGGACGGCAACCUGCACCUCAACGUGACGGCCGAGGCCUUCAACGCAUCGCUACUGGGCGCCCUGGAGCCCUAUGUGUACGAGUGGACAGCCAGGCAGCGGGGCAGUGUCAGUGCUGAGCACGGCCUGGGCUUCAAGAAGAGGGAUGUCCUCUGCUACAGCAAGCCACCUGAGGCCCUGCAGCUUAUGCAGCAGCUCAAAGCCCUGCUGGACCCCAAGGGCAUCCUGAACCCCUACAAGACGCUGCCCACCCGUGCCUGACUGCCCCUGGGGUUGGUGGGAGCCUCUGGAGGGGCUGUGAUCCUGACUUGGAUUUGCCCAUGGGUGGGCCUGCAGGCCUGGCGUGGGCUCGGAGGGCUUCCCUCCAGUGGAGCCAACAGCUGGGGGGAAUUGGCCUCCUGGUCAGAGGGGCUGGGAACGGCCCUGCGGAGCCUGGGACACAGGGCUUGGGGCAGGACUCUUUGGGGUCUGCUGGUUCUGGGGUUGCUGAGCGGAGAUCCGCCCAGUCUGAUCUGCCUGUCCUCUGGGCGGGCGCUCCGUCCCUUUGCAGGUUCUGAACAGGCUGGGAGGGAGAGCAGUUCUGUCUGCUCAGAGUAGAUCAGGCCGCCCCUUCCUUGCCUGUGGCCCCCGGAAUUCUGCCUCAUGGGGUGCAGCCCUAGGAGGGGGCAUGGGGGUCCUUCUGCUGGUCCCACACUGUGCGAACCUCCCAGGGGCCUGGGCAGAGGUGAUGAACUCCAUGUGGGCUGGGAGCGCUGGGAGGCUGGUCCGUCUGAGGCUCUGAUCACCAGAGCCUGGGUCUUCGGCACUAUAAGGACGACUGGGGACCGGUGACUGCUGGUCAUGUUUGAGGCAGAGUGACAGGAAUGCCCCCACCCUGGGAGGUAUCAUCUCCCCGUUUUCUAGAAGGCCCAUCAGUUGACAAGACCGUUGUCAGAAGCCAGGCGUUUAUUUCUCGCACUUGGUGGUUUGCUGUGUUGUGUUCACGGAGAUGAGUGUUCCCGGUUCUGCUUUUACCAUGAUUGUCAGUGGUGUCAGGUGAGAAGCCCUGCCAGGCACAAGCAAGGCAUCUGCGACAGAGCGGUUUCCAGACACGACGUCACUUACCCUGAUGGGUUCUCCUGUUGACUUGGUCCCUGGGGCAGCUGCUGGGGCUGUGGAGACAGUCUGGGAGGUUGGACAUAUGUUUCCUCUUCCUGGCUGCCAUGAACUUCCAGUAAAAAUGGGAAUUGGUCAUGACACUCUCCUUUCUUCUGUCACUAGGAGCAUGAUGUCAUAAUAGCCCACGUGAAGUGCCUGUGUACCAUGUUCCUAAAGCACCCGAACAUCAGGGCUGACAGAGUGACCCGGGGCUGGAUCCUGUUCCUGUCCCCACCCCCGUCCCCACGCCAUGUCCCUUGCGCCCAUGCCCCACUGUGUGACGCAGCCCUGUCUUGUCCGGCCCCUGGGGCAUGGUCUCCGUUUCCUGAAGCUCAGAGGCCGGUCAGUUCUUGUUGGUGAUGUGCAGGGAGGGGCUCUGUGGUACAGAGUGACUUUCCAUAAAAAGCUUUAGGGUAAGUAUGUUUCUUUUGGAGAAUGAAAAUAAUGCAUGAAUUAUUAAAAGUCUCUAAUAAAAAGUGGGGCCUUUUAGCUGGAGUAGGGGUGGGGCUUUGAGACAGUGGCCUAGUGACCUGGGUGGAAGGGAGGAAGUAGCAGGAGGAACUCUGUUUCCGGGAAGGAUGAGUUGGCCCCCAAGAUGCCUAAAAGUGAAGUAGGAACUGUUUUCCUGCAGUUCAUUCCUGGGGCUCACCCCAAGAAUCCACCUGUGCACAGGUGCACAUGCAGACACAGUGCACACACAGGCACACGUGCACACUUGCACACGUUGGUGUGCCCCUGGGACGUGCACGGAGCACUGUCUGUAGGUGGUCAGUCACUGGCCAGGCCAUCCAGGUGCCUGUUGAGAAGGAGGCGGGUGUGUGCCUCAAGCCCCUGGACAGAGGGCCAGGGAGAAGAGAGGUGGCAGGCAGCUCACCUCCUGCUUCUGAGAAGGGACUUUGACUCUCGGAAGCUAGGUCACUGCAGUUGGGGCUCACGUUGGGGAGGGUUCCUGGAGCUUGGGGUCAGGUGGGGAAGAGAUGUUACUUUUUAUAUUUUUUGGAUGAUUUGGGUUUAUAUGUUUAUUUUGCAAGCACGUGUACACUUUUAUAAAGUAGGCGCACGCUGAUUCAGAGAUCCUGUGGGAGCCGGCUGCUGCUGGGCUGCAUGGAUGCGGCCGGGCGUGGGCUGCAUCCUCCGUCCCCUCCCCGUUACCCAAACAGAGCCUGCUCUGAAGGGACCCCAAGCCCCUGCUGGCCCAGCUGGCCCCUGAUGCUGCCUCCCUGGCCAGGGUCCUCUGGCUGUGGAUGAACCACACCCUGGCGGAGGUGGGUGUUCUCCUGGGGGGUUUCUUGGGCCCAGCACAAUUUCAGGGCAUGGGUCAGGGGUCCAUCUCAAGGCCCCGUGCUGGCCCAGCAGGUAUGCUUGUCAGGGCACCUGUAACUGCCUCCCUAGGCCAGGUGGCUCUCUUGUCUCUGUCCCCAGCUGGUCCCUCCUGCUCUCUGCAAGGAUUUAAAACAAGGAUCCUCUCCCCACCGGUUGCCAGCUGUCCAUGACCUCGCCUGUUCUAGGGCCUGACUGGGCCUGUCACUGUGGGCCACUGCUGGCUGCAGGGCUGCCACUGGGACUCCUGUGGGCCCCAGCCUCACCAGCCCUGAGAGCUGGCUCUGUCCUCACGGCCAUGGCCACUAUUCCGCUGUCCCUGGCUGGGCACUCAGCAUGAUGGAGCUGCCCAAGGCUCAUGGCAGCUUGCCUCUCUGCCUCCACCCUGCCGAGGCCAGCAGGUGUUCUGGUGCUCAGCAUCUGACCCCCUGGGAGCCCCCAGUUUUGAGGCUGCGUUUCCCCAGCUGCUUGUGAACUGGAGACUCGUUUCCCCAGCUGCAGUGGCCUGGGUGGAGGAGGUGGUGGUGAUGGGCCGUGGAAGGUAGGCACGUGCCAGGCAUUUCCUACCAGUGGGACCUUGAGGGCAGUGGGCUUGCAAAUGGGGGUGGGAUCCACCGGCCACCGACCCUUGUCCUGGGACUCACAGUGGCAAGGGUGCAGAUGCCGUUUCCCAUGCUCGCCUCAGCCCGUGAUGGCUCGCUUCUGCUCUCACACCCCUGCCCUGCUUGUCUCUGCGCCGUCUUAGUGGACGGUGUCUUGGAAUCAGUGAACCGCAACACAGCCUGGUAGAGUGGACACGGGACGGAAGCCCACGGGUGUGAGGAAGGACAGGGAGGUCUGGAGUUUUCACACCUCCAGAAAAACCGGCUGGAGCAGCAGGAAGACCAGAGGAAACCCAUUGCAUCCUGGCAGGCGGGGCUGUCAGCACCUGUGGAUGCAGACUGGCCAACACCACAGACCCCCGGUGCCCGCGGAGAACACGGCUCUCCUGAGCGCACUUCAAAGCAGAACCCAGUGAAACGCCCCUGCUCACUGUCCAGAACCCCCAGGCCAAGAGGUUGCACAAAACAUCCCAGGAAAAGACAGGGAGAGGGGCAGGCCGGACUGCCAACAAAGAAGCCGAACCCGGUCCGGACCCCGCGGGGGUAGGGGUGCGGGAGAGACCACCCUACUCCUCCUGAGGCCCCCUCCACGCCGGUACCAGGAGGCUCCCCAGGGUAAUCUUCCAAUGUUCCUGCAGGUGGUGAGGAGGGAGGGGAGGGUCCUAUUGUGUCUGGAUUAGGAAAAGCUUAUGAUUUUCACCUUAAAACCUCUACGCCCUGCAGCCUGAGAAGAGGUCAUGUAACAGGAGUGCUCACAGCAGAGGCCCGCAGAGGGCCGUCUGGCGAGCAGCUGCACCUGGAGGGGUCGGGAGUGGUGGGGAAGGGGCUGCAUCAGCCUCAGUCUGCAGGGCGGGAGGGAGCCCCAGACAGGCAUGGGAGCAGACUGUCAGGGAUCCUGGGGGGAGCCAGGAGGCCGCCCCUACCUCAGUCCCUGGGUUGGGAUGUGGCUGCGGGUGGCAGCCCUGGCCAGGCCUGCAGGGAACAGAGUCCCAGGACAGAAGCCGUGAGCUGGGCGCAGGGGGUGCUUGGGCAGCUGUGCCCCUGCCCCUGGGUCGGAUUUGGCUCCUUAAGUUCGGGCAGAAAGAAGCCAGGGCCCCCGGGGCUGUUGCCUCUGUGGACUCUGGCGGGUGGUCAGUGGCAGAGGCCUGACACUGGCUCCCCUGAACCCUGGGCUGGCCAAGGGGGUGCAGUCCCCCGUCCCUGGAUGGGAGGAGGCCUGCCUUCCUGUUAAGGCCGGGCAGAGCCCAGGGGAAGAGGAAGCUGUGCUCUCUGGCCUCCGCUCCCUCCUGGGGCCUGACCCGCCCAGUGCUGUGCAAGACCCUGCCAUACACCACAGAAGCGGGAGUGUGAGCAGGGCGGGGUUGCACACGUGAAACUGCCCCUCACACGAAGGGGACAGGCAGGAGGGGUAGGCAUGCUCAGGGGUGACCCUCAGGCCCCCCAAGUAUGGCUCUGUCUGCAGGGCACCUCGCUUGCUCCCAGAUUUUGCUCGAAUCUUUUUUUUAAAUUUUUUUUCUGGGGGAAGUAAUUAGAUUUAUAUAUUUUUUUAGUGGAGGUGCUAGGGAUUGAACCCAGGACCUAAUGCAUGCUAGGCAUUCACUCUACCACUGAGCUCUACCCUCCCCCUUGCUCCAAUCUUCUUGAUGUUCCAUCUGCCCUGGGGCCCUGCUGGGGUGAGCCAGAGCCCUCCAGACCCUGGUCUUAUGGGGGCUCCACCCGGGACCCAGGGUCACAAGUGGCCCCCUCCCUCUGUGCCUCCACCUGCCUGGGGCUGGGGCCAUCUAUACUGCAGGUCCCGUUGCUUUGUCCUGUUCUGUCCCUCAGCCCUGAUCUGAGCCGGGGGUGCAGCGGACGGACCCUGGGCCGCCCACCCUGGGCUGCUCUUCCUGCCCAGAUCUGGUUGCUGGGACCCCAAGUGGAGUGUGGAGCCUCUGGAAAUUCAGGGACUGGGGAGGGAACUCCCAGACCUCCCGCCAGGUGGAAAGGGACUGUUGCCUUGAAAGGUGGGGCGAGGCACUCCGUGACUUCAGGAGGGAGGAAUGCAGAGGAUGCUGGGAGUGUCCAGGAGGAGAGCUGCCCACCGCCUGCCGGCAGCACUAUGACCCCCAGACGCAGGUGGAGGUGAGCAGGGAAGGGAGGCAGCAGGGCUUCUGGUGAGGGGUAGGGGAGCUGUGGCCACUGGGCCAAGGGUCUCUGAUGCUAGUGAGGCCAUGUGGUGGGCAGCAUGGCUGUCCUCUGUCCAGGCCAUCCGCAGAAGGGAUGCCGGGGCCGGGGGGCAUUGCAGGUGAGUGGGAGCAGGCCUCCCUCUUAGACUGGCCAUCCCUGCUCUGGCUGCUGGGCGGCCCCUCGGUCCGGCCUGCAGGGUCACUGGCCACAGGGCAGAGGCAUAGGGAGACGUCUGCCCACAUGGGGGCCUCUGUGGCUGCUGGAUAAGAGCCCCCAUGUCAGCAGGGGUGUCCCAGGUCAAGGCUGCCCGAGGACCCCCAACCCACCAUCUUGAGCCCACUGAAGCCCCCAGCUGCGGGAAGGAGUGGGGAAGAGGUGGGGCUUACCGGGUCUGAGAUGGGCUCUCCAGGAGUGGGGUCGGGAAGGGGAAGGCAGAUUGCUCCUUUCCUUGACACGGAGCCCGGGGCCGCACGAGGCCUUGAUGACUUGGAGGAAUGGUGCUGUUUGCCGUGGCUUAUCCGCCCCCAACCCUGACGACUCGGUCCAGGAAGGAGGACCCUGGGAAAGCUAAGGAAACCCUCCUCCCUGCCUGAUGGGGAGGACCAGCCAUCUCUGGACCAGGCUUGGUUACCAGAGCAAACCUGAGGCUCACUCUGCAGGGAGGGGACUGGGCCAGAGGACUCCGGGGACAGAGGGGAGGAGCACCCCCUACUGCCUCGGGGCUGGGGCCAUGGGAGGGUCAGUGACCACUUCUCUCACGGGGCCGGGACUGGUCAGCACCUCAGACCCAGCAGCUUCUUGGAGUAGCCACACCGUCAGGCCAGUGUGCAUCUGAAAUCCUCCACAGGGUGUCACCCCUGUGCCAGGCUCCCCACGGGAGAGCUCCCGGCUGGGCAGUGACUUGGAGGUGGCUGAUGCCCUGGGCUUCGUUGGCCAGUGAGGUGUGAGGGGUAGCGAGGAGCAGGUGAGAUGUGCUCUUGCCCACCGCGUGUCCCGGUGGUGGCCAGGCCCAGAGCACACGCCCUUCAGGGGCGAGGAUGUCAGUGCCCCAGGGACCUGGUGAGGGUUGGCGUGGUGCAUGCAGCACUUCUGUCUCUGUGUGCCUGGAUUCUUUUUCUCCACCCCCCCCCCGCCAUAGAAGAGAAAUACAUGGUGCUGGCCUCCAGCUCCCCAAAGACCCUCCUGGAACCCCCACCAAGGAUGGAGACAGGGCCUUAGCCUUCUCUUCCACCCUUUCAGUUGAGGGUUUUGAGAUUGCAGGCUCCCUGCAUUCCAAGAUGCAGCCCCUGCCCCCGGUUCCUGCAAGGUGAAAUGUGGCCUGCAGAAGCACCAGCCUCUCAGAAAGGGGUGGCAGGGUCCUGAGCCUUUCCUAGGUGCCAUUAUGCCUGCUACACCAGUCACUGGGGGGGUGCUCAGACCAGGCUGGGGCAGCUGGCAUGGAGAGGGGCCUGUGGAAAGGGUCCCCAAAGCCAUGGUGAAGCCCAGAGGGGCAGGGGGAUGUGACUCCCUGCUCGAGGCUGGCCUGGGGGUGGCCACCCCCCAUGCCGUGGGGACUUUGUCUUCCCUUAUGGACUUAACACUUAUAAAAAUGCUGCACACAUUUCCCUCAGUCUGUUUUCUAAUAUAUUUAUUUCUCUAAGGAAGAGAUGUCCUUUCAUGGAGUAAAAUCUACUCAAUUUUUUGUUUAUUUUCUACUGAGGGAGCAGGACCCUGUGGCUCUGUUAGGCAGUUAGAUGGAAAUGAACACUGGGCAGGGGGAGAGGAAGGGGUAAGGAACAACCCAGAAAAUAACAGUAUAUCUGCUCUCAGGAUAAGGGACUCCAGAAACUUUUACUUUCUCGAAAUGAGGGCCAGCAAAAGAAGCCAGUUAAAGUCAAAACGCUGUAGCUGUGUAUAAGAGAAGGACCCGGCAUAACUUGACCCAACGUUCAUUGUAAUGUAAUUAACAUUACAGUUUGAGCCCCUUCCCUUAGGUUUCUCUGUGUGCUUUAUGGGUGAAAACCUGCCCAAAAGGGGAUGGGUGUGCCAGAGCACAAGGAACCUGAGCUGUCAAUCCGCUUGAUCACUCAAAGACACUGAGCCUUUAAUCAAUCACAAAAAUGCCCCUAAGCCAGGACAUAAGACGGAAAAACAAAGGAGCGGUGCCGUUUUUCCCUCUCUUCGAUUGGCCUGCUCCCAGUUCUCCGGAGGGUACUGUCUUUUACUACCUUUUCACUUUACUAAUAAAAAUCUUGCUUAUAUCACA